ACAAGAUCAGGAUCAAGGGACAAAUGGAAUUGGGACAGCCCUACCCAAUUCUUACCGAUCGCUACAUUUUUGGCGAUUACAACGUCCACCUAAUUACCCGCUCCUCUCUCCCACGUCUGUCUCUGAAUGAGGAGUCAGUCAUCGGAUCCGAUCUGUUCAUCGCCUCCUCAACCACCUCAACUUCCCAAUAUAGAUGGUGGGAUUAGGUCUCAGUUUUCCCCCAAUUUAAUUCCCAUCCUAAAUCCCCAAAACCCUCAAUUUCUUCCCUGCAAUGAGUUUCUGUUCCCCAAAUUCGCUGCUUCACGCCAUCCCCCACCCUCCCUGGCCUCUGCUGCUCUACGCCGUCGCCUGGACCACCGUACUGACGGUGACGGUGGCGCUGGUGUCGUUCUCCCCGGAGCUCGCAUUCGUUUCCGCCAUUAGUUCGUCGUCUUCGUUUUCUCAAGCCUGCGGCGAAGCGGGCUCCGUUAGGUUGCCGUUAGAUAAUCCGUCGGAGCAUUUUUGCUUCCCGAGCCAGGUUUUUAAGCGGUCCAGAAUCGACGUGAUUGUGCCGCCGGUUUUCGCGGCUGUCAUCGUCUCCGGUUCGGCUUUUCUUGUUAAAGCCUUGGGAUUAUGGGAAUCCGAUGAGGACGAUGAGUUUUGA